GAUCCCUCCCGUUCACAUCCCUUACCCUCUCCCUGUUCUUCUCCUUGGGGCGUCUUGAUCGGGGUAGUAUGAACGGAACAUCUACCGCGGCCAUGCCUCACCACGAAUCCCCACCUACCGCGCCUGCCGUGGUCGUCACCAGCAAAUCCGCCCCUCCCUCCGCCGACGACAUUGACGAAAUCACCCGACGAAUCUACACCUCCAAGACCUCGCAAGAGUCACUAGACGCGGCAUACACCCUGUCGGAUGUCCUGCUCAACACUGUCGGCUUUCGAGGCCUCACAGCCUACGAUAUCCUCUCCGACAUCCUCAAGGCCGCAUCGGACAAAAAGAAUGCGGCGCGCAGAGAAGGGGCCAUGUUCGCGCUGGGCGCAAUCUUUGAACGAUUCCCCCCGAAGCAGAAACUCAGCGAAGUCAUCUUUUUGCAUCAGCAGCAAGGCCUGGUGGCUUGUGCGCUAGACGCAUUGGCGGAUAAAGUCGGCUCGGUCAAAGAGGGUGCGCGAUAUGCCCUCGAUACCUUUUUCGCGCAGCUCUCUCCCGAGGCAAAAGUAUUCGGCCUGCUGCCGCUGUUGGUCACGUAUCUCGGCAAGUCGACGGGCAAAUGGCAGGGUACUGUUGGCGCUUUCGAGCUGAUUGGUCGUAUGGCCGACCAAGCCAAGAUCGGCACAGACUCGAGAGAAGCGGAACGAGAGAAGGAUGUGCUGAGAGAGGCAAUGGGCAAGAGAUUGGAAGCGCUCAUUCCCGUCGUGGAGAUUGGCAUGCACGAUCUCAAGGCCGAGGUGUCGAAGCAGGCUAUCAAGAGCAUGGACAGUUUGACCACAUUACUCCAGAACGAUGAUGUCGCUCCACGGAUACCUCUGUUGGUGAAGAGCAUGGAAGAUCCGAGCACCGACGCUCAACAGAAGGCGAUUCACGCUCUCAGCCAGACCACAUUCGUGACGGAAGUCACUUCGCCCGUCUUGGCUAUGGUGACUCCCAUUCUCGAACGAGCGCUCAACACCCCGACUACGAGCCAGGAAGUCCUGCGACAGACGGUCGUCGUCAUUGAGAACUUGACCAGGCUUGUACACGAUCCAGUCGAGGCUAGGACGUUCUUGCCCAAGCUGAAGCCCGGUGUCAAGGCUGUCCGAGACCGCGCGUCGCUUCCCGAGGUCAGAGAAAUCGGCAGGCGUGCUUACAAUGUGAUGAAUAAAGCCAUGGGCGAGCAAAACGAUGUUUCCCUGGCCGCCAUCGAGCGUGUGCUACCUGAGCAUGUGCUAGCCGUCUUGGAGAAGGAGGUAAAGAAUACUGGUGGUCUGCUCGGCUAUCCCGGCGACAGCGAAGUCUGGACCUACGCAGAAGUGCUUCUGUCGCAGAUUGUGGCGGAGGAUGUGAACCAGCGGGCAAUCGACCGAAUCAUCUCAAACACCACCCCGUACCUACAGCCCCUCAUGGACAACGCGGAGACCGUUGGCAACAACGUGCACCAAUUCUACGUCGAAGAAGACAAUCGCAAGUUUGGCGCACCCAUCAAAGCAGACGAUGGUGAGGUCGAGAUUGUGAACGCCGAUUUCUCCCUUGGAUAUGGAGCCCGCCUUCUCCUCUCCCAUACCAACCUGCGACUACUCAAAGGCCACCGCUACGGCCUGUGCGGUCGCAACGGAGCGGGCAAGUCUACGCUCAUGCGGUCCAUUGCGGAGGGCAAACUUGAGGGCUUUCCCCCACAGGACGUGGUGAAGACAUGUUUCGUGGAGCACAACCAAGGUGAAGGCACUGACUUGACCAUUGUUGAGUAUUGUCUUCAAGACAAGGCCAUCCAGGGCGAGGACGAGGAACACAUCUCCAAAGUCUUGGAGGAAGUCGGUUUCACUUCCGGACCGAAUGGUAUGCAACAGCGCAAGGUCGGCUCGCUUUCCGGAGGGUGGAAGAUGAAGUUGGGGCUGGCUCGUGCCAUGCUCAUGCGAGCGGAUGUCUUCCUGCUCGACGAACCUACCAACCAUUUGGAUGUCACCAACGUCAAAUGGCUGGAGGAUUAUCUCAAAUCCCACACGGAAAUCACAUCACUCAUCGUCUCUCACGACUCCGGCUUCCUUGACGAAGUGUGCACCGACAUUUACAACUACGAAAACAAGAAGCUGAUAUGGUACCGCGGCAAUCUGGCCGAGUUGGUGAAGAAGAAGCCCGAUGCAAAGAGCUACUACACCCUCUCUUCCACACAGGUGCAGUUCAAGUUCCCGCCGCCCGGCAUUCUGACGGGUGUCAAGAGCAACACUCGGAGUAUCUUGCGCAUGACGAAUGCACACUUCACAUAUCCCGGUGCAGCGAAGCCGAGCUUGGCUGAUGUAUCAGCCGGCCUCACCCUCAGCAGCCGAGUGGCAAUCAUCGGUGCCAAUGGUGCCGGUAAGAGUACUCUCAUCAAGGUGCUGACGGGCGAAGUCAUCCCGCAACAAGGCAAAGUCGAGAAGCAUCCCAAUCUGCGUAUAGGCUACAUUAAGCAGCACGCCCUUGAGCACGUGGAGAUGCAUCUUGAGAAGACCCCGAAUCAGUACUUGCAAUGGCGAUACGCUCACGGCGACGAUCGAGAGGUGCUCCUGAAGCAGACUCGUAUCCUAACCGACGAGGACAAAAUUCAGAUGGAGACGCCCAUCGAUCUUGGUGAUGGCAAAGGUCCCCGACUGAUCGAGGCUCUUAUCGGACGACAAAAGUACAAGAAGAGUUUCCAGUACGAGGUCAAGUGGUUGCACAUGCUGCCCAAGUUCAACACCAUGAUUUCGAGAGAGACGCUGUUGGAGCGGGGUUUCCAGAAACUGGUGCAGGAAUUCGACGACCACGAGGCUAGUCGAGAGGGCUUGGGUUUCCGUAUUCUGGAGCCCAAGGUCAUCUCGAAGCAUUUUGAGGAUGUGGGCAUGGACCCCGACAUUGCGAAUCAUACGCAGAUCUCGGGGUUGAGUGGUGGGCAGAAGGUCAAGGUGGUGCUUGCUGGUGCCAUGUGGAACAACCCGCACAUCCUCAUCCUCGACGAACCCACCAACUUCCUCGACCGCGACAGUCUCGGCGGCCUCGCAGCCGCCAUCCGCGACUACAAAGGCGGCGUCGUCAUGAUUUCCCAUAGCGAGGAGUUCGUCUCCGCCCUGUGUCCCGAACAAUGGCACAUUGCCGACGGCCGACUGACGCAAAAGGGCCAUUUGGCCGUCAACCUCGAUCGUUUCGACGACUCGCCUCGGCCGGGUAGUUCGCUCGCCAGCUCUGCUUUCGCAUCCUCUAACGUCUCUUCUGCUGUGAGCAGUGCGCAGGGAACGCCAUCUGGUUCUGGCGCGCAGAGUGAGGCGGAAGGCGGCCCGCAGGAGGAGAUGAAGUUCCGCGCGAGGAAGAAGAAGAAGAUGACGCGGGCGCAGCAGAAGGAGCGGGAGGUUAGGCGUCGCUUGAGGCAUAUUGAGUGGUUGAAUAGUCCCAAGGGGACGCCGCAUCCGCCGGAUACGGAUGAUGAUGAGUGAUGCGUUUGCUUUUUCGCUUUGGUUCUGUACAUGAUGCCCGCUGGGGCUGUAUGCAAGGGAAGCGCGGCGUUUGGUUGAGGGGAAGUCUUCUUCUUCGAGGAUGGGGCACGAAUAAUAGAGCAUUCGGUUGCGUUUGAAGGGAUUUGCAUAGCAGGCGU